CAUUCAUAACAAAUAUUUCAUGUAAGAAGGAUGAAUAAGCUAGUUUAUUUAGCUCCACAUUCCUUAUUCUAUAGAUUUACUUUGAGUGUUUAUAAUUCAAAUACAGUUCAUACGAUUUUAUUCAUAUUUUAAUUGAAUUAAAAUCUAAUAAUUAUAUUCUAUAAAAAAGCUAUUUUUUGGGUAGGCAGAGGGACUAGAAAAACCAUAUUAUUGAUGUCAAAAAGAUCUGCAAUGCUGUAAUCCGCAAUUUUGAGCACAGGUAAGAUUAGUUGUUGCUAUUGAAACUAGUUGCUAUCCAUAAUUAAUCCAGCUGAUAUAUGCCUAACAAAGGCAAACCCUUUUAAUCCCACUAAAUACCAUUCUACUCUUCACCCACCGAUGACAAUCCGCCCUUGCAGCGUCAACAUUGUCAGUGCUAAUUUUUGGGGAGAUGUUAUUAGUUUCCUAUAUCUGUGGGCUUUCCGGUUAGUUUGUACAAGAUUAGGGGUUUAGAAAACUGUCCCUUUCGCUUUAUGCUGUGCAUGCUUUUGCUGGGCCCAAAAGAGGCGCAGCACACCAGCUUCUCUUUCUAUCUGCUUGUGUCGCUGCACUUGAAAAGAUACAAGUGAGAUUUAAUCUUGUAUUAUGUAUAAAAUUUUAUAUUUAUUUAUAUAUAAAUUCAUGUUGAAAAAAGUACACAAAAGUAGGCACUUAAAGUAAGAUAUUCAUUCAACAAUCUUGUCUCUCGUAAUCUUCAUUCCGUUUGACUCUUAUCUUGACAUGGGAUGGGACCAUCUUCCAAAAUAAAUGGUGUCGUAUGGUUUUUGGUUAAAAAUGGUGGAUAGAGAAGGUUUCAUGUUGUGGGUUCGAGAGUAAAGUUGUGAAACGUCAUUAAUGGAGAAAUGGGUUCUUGCUCUUUUCCUGGUUUGGCUGAUUCUGCUGGUGCAUCCUUUGUCAAAGAUCGCUGCUAACACGGAAGGUGAUGCUUUGCACAACCUUCGCUCUAAUUUGCUAGAUCCUAACAAUGUCCUGCAGAGUUGGGACCCUACGCUUGUCAACCCAUGCACUUGGUUUCAUGUUACAUGUAACAAUGAAAACAGCGUUAUAAGAGUUGAUCUUGGAAAUGCAGCAUUAUCUGGUGAACUGGUCCCAGAUCUUGGCCAGCUUAAAAAUUUACAGUACCUCCGGCUUAACAAUAACAGCCUAUCAGGCCCAAUACCUCUAUCUUUGAUAAAUAUUACAGCCCUUCAAGUCUUAGACUUAUCAAACAAUCGCCUAUCAGGGCCUGUUCCAGACAAUGGCUCAUUUUCACUUUUUACUCCCAUCAGUUUUGCGAAUAACAUAGAUCUGUGUGGCCCUGUUACUGGGAAGCCUUGCCCUGGAUCUCCACCGUUUGCUCCACCACCUCCAUUUGUUCCAACUGCAACAGUUUCUUCUCCAGGCAAAAAUAGUCCGACUGCAGCAAUUGCUGGAGGAGUGGCUGCUGGUGCUGCUUUACUUUUUGCUGCUCCAGCUGUUGGUUUUGCAUAUUGGCGGCGAAGAAAACCACAAGAAUUUUUCUUUGAUGUACCUGCUGAAGAAGAUCCAGAAGUCCAUUUAGGGCAGCUGAAAAGAUUUUCUUUACGAGAAUUACAAGUUGCAACCGAUACUUUUAGCAACAAGAACAUCCUGGGUAGAGGUGGAUUUGGUAAGGUGUACAAGGGUCGCUUGGCUGAUGGCACAUUGGUGGCAGUGAAAAGACUUAAAGAAGAGCGGACACCCGGUGGAGAGUUACAAUUUCAAACGGAAGUGGAGAUGAUUAGCAUGGCAGUGCAUCGGAAUCUCCUGCGUCUACGUGGUUUCUGUAUGACCCCAACUGAGCGACUGCUUGUUUAUCCAUACAUGGCAAAUGGAAGUGUUGCAUCAUGCCUAAGAGAGCGGCCACCAUCAGAGCCACCCCUUGACUGGUCAACUAGGAAGAGAAUUGCAAUUGGUUCUGCAAGGGGUCUUUCAUAUUUACAUGAUCAUUGCGAUCCAAAGAUCAUUCAUCGAGAUGUGAAAGCUGCAAAUAUAUUGUUGGAUGAAGAGUUUGAGGCUGUUGUUGGUGAUUUUGGUUUGGCUAAACUUAUGGAUUACAAAGAUACUCAUGUCACUACUGCUGUACGUGGCACCAUCGGGCACAUCGCCCCUGAGUAUCUGUCCACGGGGAAGUCAUCAGAGAAAACUGAUGUUUUUGGUUAUGGUAUUAUGCUUUUAGAGCUAAUCACUGGGCAGAGAGCGUUUGAUCUUGCUAGGCUUGCAAAUGAUGACGAUGUUAUGCUGCUUGAUUGGGUUAAAGGGCUCCUAAAAGAGAAAAAAUUGGACAUGCUUGUUGAUCCCGACCUGCAGAACAACUAUGUUGAAACUGAAGUUGAGCAGCUCAUUCAAGUAGCACUUCUUUGCACACAAGGCUCCCCGAUGGAUCGACCUAAGAUGUCUGAGGUUGUCAGAAUGCUUGAAGGUGAUGGCUUAGCAGAAAAAUGGGACGAGUGGCAAAAGGCAGAGGUAAUUAACCAUGACCUUGAACUUGCCCCGCCUGGAAAUUCUGAUUGGAUCGUCCACUCUACCGACAAACUUCAUCCUUUCGAGUUAUCAGGUCCAAGAUAACCUUAUAGUUUGAUCAGGUACUUGUCAUUCAUUCUUCUGUAAGUUUGUCAUAUAAACAGCUUAUCACUAAUCAUGCAUAUAAAUCCUUUCAGGGUUUAAUUCAAUUUAAUGCUUAUCAUUGAACAAUCUAAUGAAAUAACUUCAUUUGUGACCUGAAAGAAGUUGCUUAUUUUGGUUUUCACAUAACUUGUCCAAUCAAAUGAUAGUUAAAUUUCACAUUAUAGUA